GAUACUCAAGAUGGCUCCUCCAAAACCUGUGUAUAUCCUCUCGGCCGCCCGCACGCCAGUGGGCAUGUUCCAGGGCUCUCUGGUGUCUCAAUCUGCCAUUGAUCUCGGAACACACGCCAUCAAGGCUGCGGUGGAGCGAGCGAAUAUCAAGCCCGAGGAAGUGCAGGAAGUCUUCUUUGGCAACGUCCUCUCCGCCAACCUGGGCCAGAACCCGGCACGACAAUGUACAAUCCAUGCCGGUCUGCCCGAAUCGACAGAAGCAACGACCAUCAACAAGGUCUGCGCGUCCUCCAUCAAGGCCAUGUCGCUGGCUGCUGCCACAAUCUUGACGGGUGAAGCCGAUGUCAUUGUGGCCGGUGGCACGGAGAGCAUGUCCAAUGCUCCCCACUACUUGCCAGUGCUCCGAGCGGGUGCCAAGUUCGGCAACCAGACACUGGUGGACGGCGUGCUCAAGGACGGCUUGACCGAUGUUUACAAGGACGAGCACAUGGGUCUUCAGGGGGAGGAAUGUGCAUCCGACCAUGGCUUCGACCGCAAAGACCAAGACGACUAUGCUAUCCGAAGCUACAAAAAGGCAAUUGCUGCCCAGGAGGCGGGUUACUUCAAGGAGGAGAUUGCUCCUGUCACAAUCAAAGGCACAAGAGGGAAGCCGGACACUACGGUUGAGAAGGACGAUGAGCCUGGCAAGUUCAACGAGGACGCGACCCGGAACAAAGUCAAGCCAGCUUUCAAGAAGGACGGCACAGUGACUGCAGCCAAUGCUUCACCGCUCUCCGAUGGAGCUGCAGCUGUCGUUCUUGCCAGCGAGGAGUACGUCCAGAAGAAUGGUCUCAAGCCUAUCGCCAAGAUUCUUGGCUGGGGCGAUGCUGCCAAGAACCCUUCCAAAUUCACUACCGCACCUGCUCUUGCUAUCCCCAAGGCACUCAAGCACGCCGGUAUCAAGCAGGAGGAUGUCGACGCUUUCGAAAUCAACGAGGCUUUCUCAGUUGUCGCUCUGGCCAACAUGAAGCUUCUCGGCCUUUCAGAAGAUAAAGUGAACCUCCACGGCGGAGCUGUUGCUCUUGGCCACCCCCUUGGUGCCUCUGGAGCACGAAUCGUCACCACUCUCCUCGGUGUCCUCCGCGAAACGAAGGGCAAGAUUGGCUGUGCUGGCAUCUGCAACGGUGGUGGUGGUGCCUCUGCAAUUGUCAUUGAGAGACUGUAGGCUCGCGCUGAUGACCUCGCCUUUUUCGGGGAGGAUUAUUGCAGCAUACCAUAGAUUCAUCUUAAGCUGGCCAUAUACGGACUCCAAAAGCAUUACAAAGGAUACCCAUAGAGCGAUGAAAAAGGACUUUUGCUUC